AUGAUUGGUCUUCUCUUAGCUAUUGCUACAGCUCUAGAUCCCAAUGAUCGUCGUCUUGACCCAUUUCAGUUUAACUAUUGCGUUUGGAACUUAUUCGGAUUUGAUGGACGCAACUCAUCAAAUACCACUGAAAUGGAUAACAUUGUUGAUACAAUUUACUCAUCUCUUUCAACUUGUGACAUCAUCAGCUUACCAGGAAUUUAUGAGAAAGCAACAUACGAUUACGUUAUGAAUAAAUUAACUGAAAAGAAAAUGCAAGGUCUUCAGCGCUAUUGCCCAGAAGACAAUACAAAUGUUACAGUAUAUAGCCGCCUUACAAUUAGCAACAUCACAAAAUUCACUUCUCAAGUCGCUUACCCAAUCCAUAACUCUACCUGCAACUACACUGGAGAGCCAGGAAUUUUCGAUUUCUCAGGAUCAUUCUACGGAAACGUCAAGUUCCAUGAUCCAGUUAACGAUACUAUUGUUGCUACAGUUCUAUUCCCAAGAGGCACAACUCCAGAUAAGUGCGCCCAACGUGAAGCUCUUGCAACAGAAAUCUGCCGUGUUGUUAGAGAAAGUCCAGCCAAUCAUGAUUUCUUCGUCAGCGGUGCAUUUGGAGCCGAUUUCAAUGAUAACAUCGAUUACAACGUCGUUUUGGAAGGAUGUGGCUUUAAAGCAGGUUCCAAGAUUAUGAAGAAGAAGCCAAUAUCAAUUGGAAAGAAACACUUGAACGAAAACUUUUAUGUCUUCGGAGGAGCUCAGAAAUGGAUGGAUGUUUUCGUUACAUUUGAACAAAAGGAACAAAUUUACUAUGGCCAAGAUAAUAUUAGCUACCCAGUUUCCUUAUAUGUUCAUCAACCUCUCUCAAAGCGUUGGAAGAAGUUUGAAAUCAUCUACUCAACAGUUAUCCUUAUCGCUGCUGCCUCAUUCUUCACAUGGCUUCUCUUCUACUCAAGAGUUAAAGAAUCCGACGGCUAUGACAAGAUCCCAGAAGGCAAGUAA